AUGCCUUCAGCAAAGGCUAGGUCCAGUCCAUCGGUGGACCAGCGAGAGCGCCUGACGUUGGCCAAGCUAGCCAGUUAUGACGACGUUGCGACAGACGCUCUCAUUGAUCGCGCCUAUUUCUGGACCACGAUUCGCAAAAACCGAACCAAGUUUGCGCCGGCAAGAGGAAUACACGAGGACGAUGUUGCCCGACUGCUACUGCACAAGGUGAUCGUGGGCAAGGAUAUUCGCGCGGCCGAACAGGACCUGCUCGCGAUGACUGGCCUCAGAAACUAUCUCCAGCGCUUGCCCAAUGACCGAGAACGAGAAUGGUUUAAACGACAUCUUCGCAAAUACAUUAAUAUCUACCUUCCGGACUGCCCAUUUGAAAUCUCGACUACGAACCGAUACACCAUCACCGAACACGAAGCCACCGUGGUUGCGCGCAGAGACAUUAAAAGGGACCAGGAAAUCAAGUUUUUGUGCGGAACGCUCGUAUCCAUGACGCGACAGGAGGAACUCGACCUCGACCUCAACCGCAAGGAUUUCAGCAUCGUCAUGUCGAGCCGGAGGAAAAGCCCGUCGCUGUUUUUGGGACCUGCGCGUUUCGCAAACCACGACUGCGACGCAAAUGGGCGACUGGCCACACGAGGGUCCGACGGAAUGCAGGUUGUGGCCGUUCGCGAUAUCGAAGCUGGUGAGGAAAUAACAGUUUCGUACGGAGAAGACUACUUUGGCAGCGACAAUUGCGAGUGUCUGUGCGAGAGCUGCGAGCGUGCCAUUCGCAACGGAUGGUCGCCGUCAAUGUCUGCGCCUGCGAGUCAAGUCUCGACACCUGCACGCGACGAGGGAGAACUGGCGACACUUGAAUCUCCAAAAUCUGUUCGAUCUCAAAAACGAAAAGCCGAUGUUGACGCCGAUACUGAUCACGACUCGUCUGUAUACCCAACUCCGCCCAGAGAAUCUAAAUGUGACCAUCAGAAUUCGACACUCCGAGAUGCAAUCGAGCCACCUACAACCAAGAAGAGAAAGUUCGACGAACACAGCAAUACAUGUAGCCCUUCUACGCCAUCCAAGAAGGGCAGGUUUGAACGACAGAAAUCCAAGCUCCGGGAAGAGAUAUUAAUAUCCGAGACAACCGAAUCUGCCCAAGACCCAUCCUUUCUGGCUCAACUGGAUCAGAAUCUCUCCAGUCUAGCUCAUGAAAAACGUCUAGACAGUGAACGCACCGUGGAGGGGGAUAACAGUACAACCGCAGCGGCAGACCGGGAUUCAACUCGCUCUUCUUCGGAUGAAAGUCAACAGUCUGCGUCCACGGCACCCACGUCGCUUUCUGAAAAUGGUUCUAACGUCAAGAUCAAAUCCGUCCGAACCGACAAUGAAAAAUCGGCGCCUGAUUCUGCUGAAAAUAGCCAGACAUUAAAUCCUUCUACAGACAGUUGUACGAGUACAGAGCCGUCUCAGACCACUGAAACGCAGGCGGAAUCCAAGGAAAAGCUCGACGUCAAAGUGCCACUUCCCUCGGUCGAAGACGAGGUGUCAACCUCUGGCGUUCGAACACCCGGUGACUAUACCAAAACUGCCAAACUCCUUGCCCAGCGCUACGACCGAUGGGUCGAAUGCCAGACGUGCCCGUCCUGGUUCUUGCAAGAAAACGCGUAUCAGACACGCAAGGAAUGUCCUCGGUGUGAGCGCCAUUCCAAGCUGUACGGAUUUCGCUGGCCCAAAACCGAUCUCGACGGCCCAGAUGAUGAUGAAGAGCGGGUGAUGGAUCACCGGACCGUCCACCGAUUUCUGAGCAACGAUCAAGAAGCCAAAAUUAGCCGCAAGACUCGCGGUGUUAUUCAUGGUGCCACUCCUACGCCUGAGCCUUCUUCUGAUGCCCGGAGCGAGACAGAAUUUAGUGACAACGAAACACGGCGCUACACUCGAGCCACUCGCAGGAGUUUGAAUCCGCUUCGUCAGAAAACUCUACUUUUUCACAACUUCAAAUGUUCUUCAAAUGUUGUGAAUGGAACCAUUGGAAUCAUGGAUUGGGACGCGUUAUUUUUCAACAUCGCAACUUUUAUCGCUGGAGCGUUUGUCCUCGAUUACGGCGCUGAUAAAUUCGUCGACCACACUGUCAUUGUUGGCCGCCGGCUGGGCAUCUCGCAAACCCUCGUUGCUCUGCUAACCGCCGGCGCUGAAUAUGAAGAGGUACAUACCAUUAGAAAUGUUGCAGAGGUCCUGCUACUAAUCGCUUGUCCCAGCUCGCAGUAG